AUCACAAUAAUCUAAACUGGGCUUUAUUUUGCCGCCAAAUUGGUGCCACCGAGACAUCUUACGGCGGUAGGAAGCCACCAUUCACCUACUCCGGCAAUGGAAUUCGAAACGAGGGAACCACCAUCACCACCACCACACCCUAUGGAAACAGACACACUCGAUCCUCCUCCAUCACAAGAUCCACCGAGGAUCCACCGUCUCGACGAGUCCGUCGUCAACCGUAUCGCUGCCGGUGAGGUCAUCCAACGCCCCGUAUCCGCCGUCAAGGAGCUCAUCGAAAACAGCCUCGAUGCCGGUUCUACCUCCAUCAACGUCUCUGUUAAGGACGGAGGCCUCAAAUUCAUCCAAGUCUCCGACGAUGGCCACGGAAUCCGCUAUGAGGAUUUACCGAUUCUGUGUGAGAGGCAUACGACAUCGAAGCUUUCGGCAUUUGAAGAUUUGCAGUCGAUUAAGUCUAUGGGGUUUAGAGGAGAAGCCCUAGCAAGCAUGACUUAUGUUGCUCAUGUUACAGUCACCACUAUAACUAGUGGUCAGUUGCAUGGUUAUAGGGUAUCGUAUAGAGAUGGCGUGAUGGAGCAUGAACCUAGGGCUUGUGCUGCUGUGAAGGGGACUCAGAUAGUGAUUGAGAAUUUAUUCUAUAACAUGAUUGCGCGAAGGAAAUCUCUUCAGAGCUCUGCUGAUGAUUAUCCAAAAAUUAUAGAUCUGCUAAGUCGGUUUGCGAUCCAUCACAAAAACGUGAGCUUCUCAUGCAAAAAGCAUGGUGCAUCUAAAGCUGAUGUUCACUCAGUUGCUGUGUCUUCAAGGCUUGAUGCAAUCAGAUCUGUUUAUGGGGCCUCAGUUGCUCGUAGUCUGAUAGAAAUUGAAGCUUCAGAUGCUAAUUCUUCUAGUUCAGUUUUUGAAAUGAAUGGUUAUAUAUCCGAUUUCAAUUACUCCGCAAAGAAGACUACCAUGAUUCUCUAUAUCAAUGAAAGAUUAGUUGAGUGUACUGCUCUGAAGAGGGCAAUUGAAAUUGUAUAUGCUGCAACUCUGCCCAAAGCAUCAAAGCCUUUCGUAUAUAUGUCAAUUAUCUUACCUCCUGAGCAUGUUGAUGUUAAUGUGCAUCCCACAAAGAGAGAGGUGAGCCUUUUGAACCAGGAGGUCAUUGUUGAGAAAAUACAAUCAACAAUAGAAUCGAAGUUAAGAAAUUUCAAUGACUCGAGCACGUAUCAAGAACAUGUAGCAGUGGAUAGCUCUCCAUCCAGUAAAGUAGCUGCAAACAAAGCUUCUCCUAUAAACACAUCAACUCCCGGGUCCCAAAAAGUAUAUCCAUAUAAAAUGGUGCGGACGGAUUUACAGGAUCCUUCUGGAAGGUUGCAUGCCUACAUGCAAGUAAAGCCUUCUAGGCAACUUGAAAAAAACUGUGGUUUGAAUUCAUUGAGGUCUUCAAUCAAGCAAAGGAGAAAUCCGAAAGAAACUGCUGAUCUUACAAGUGUUCAGGAGCUUAUCAAUGAAUUUGAACAUGGUUGCCAUUCUGGUCUUUUGGACAUUGUAAGGAACUGCACAUAUGUUGGAAUGGCUGAUGAUGUUUUUGCUCUCCUUCAGCAUAAUACUAAUCUGUAUCUUGCUAAUGUUGUAAAUUUGAGCAAAGAACUCAUGUAUCAACUGGUUCUACAAAGAUUUGGUUACUUUAAUGCAAUACAAUUAAGUGAUCCGGCUCCAUUGCAAGAAUUAAUCAUGUUGGCAUUGAGGGAAGAGGAUCCAGAUUCAGAAGGCACUGAAAACGAUGACUUAAAAGAAAAGAUUGCUGAUAUGAACAUGAAGUUACUCACAGAAAAGGCUGAAAUGCUUGAUGAAUAUUUCGGCAUCCAUGUGGACCCACAAGGCAAUUUAUCAAGACUUCCUGUCAUACUUGACCAGCACACACCUGACAUGGACCGCGUUCCGGAAUUUGUUUUAUGUCUGGGAAAUGAUGUGGCGUGGAAUGAUGAGAAAAUUUGCUUUCAAACAAUAGCUGCUGCUCUCGGGAACUUUUAUGCUAUGCAUCCACCUCUACUGCCAAAUCCAUCAGGUGAUAACUCGGACUUUUACAAGAGAGAUGUUGAAGGAGUUGAUGACGAGUUAAUAUCAGAAGCUGAGAACGCGUGGGCCCAGCGAGAAUGGUCAAUACAGCAUGUUCUAUUUCCUUCUAUGCGACUUUUCUUUAAGCCCCCAACUUCAAUGGCUGCAAAUGGAACAUUUGUGCAGGUAGCAUCUCUGGAGAAGUUAUACCGGGUUUUUGAAAGAUGCUAGGAACUCCUAUGUUUGUUUGGCGCGUAGAUAGCAGGGCGGUUGUCGAUCAUCUAUGUCAGGUGUUCCAUAAGGUUUUGUUUUAGUGGUUCAUCAAUUGUCAUCAUCUCAUAUGUCUAGUGUUUCGAUUUUGCGCCUGCUGUGUGUAGAUGGUAGCAACUGCCAUCUGACUUGUCUUCCUCUACAUGUUUUCCAGUCACAUGAGUCAUUUUUCUUUUCCUAUCCAUUCGUAAUAUUUUAGUUAGGUUUAUUAAAAAAGAAAAAAAAAUCGUUUCUAAAAAAAUA